GUGACGUAAUACGCAAAUCCUCACGCAAACAGGCCAGUUUUGAGGCGCAGGGAGGAAGAAGACGAUGAAAUAAAGGGGAAAGCUGCAGUUGAGGGGUGUAGGCGGAAGAUUCAGUAAUCCAGCGGGCUCCUUUGUUAGAAAACACAACUGCCACAUGUUUAAUAAAACACUUGAUCGUCUUGUAUUAAUUGAAAGCUGGUAGUCCCCGGCUGUCUCCUCACCCGCCUCCGAGUGUCGGGGCGGCUUGUUAUUUGUUUCCUAUUCCCGCAGCACGAAGCUGCGCGGCCUUGCUCCUGGCAGAAGGAAAUGCUCUGCGAUUACUGGUGAAAGAAAACAAAGCAGUGACGGUCCUCCGAAAGAAACAUUUAUUUCAAUUACAUCGUUUUCCACCCGUUUGUUCCUCCUCACCACCUCCCCCCUUCCCGGUCAAGCAGUAAUGGUAAAUGCGGUGUAAAUUUUAAGGAGAAAUAUGGGAAAUUGUUUGAAAUCUCCGACGUCUGACGACAUUUCUUUGCUUCAUGAGUCUUCUGACCGGGCGAGUUACGGAGAUGGCACCGAAAUAGACCAGGAGCCGCCGCCGCCAUAUCAGGAACAGGUUCCAGUUCCCGUUUAUCAUCCUACUCCAAGUCAGACUCGGCUAGCCACUCAACUUACUGAAGAAGAACAGAUCAGAAUAGCGCAAAGAAUAGGUCUCAUCCAGCACCUGCCCAAAGGAAUCUAUGACCCAGGAAGAGAUGGAUCUGAAAAGAAAAUUAGAGAGUGUGUUAUUUGUAUGAUGGACUUUGUUUAUGGUGAUCCAAUUAGGUUUCUUCCAUGCAUGCAUAUUUAUCACCUGGACUGUAUAGAUGACUGGCUGAUGCGAUCAUUUACAUGCCCAUCUUGUAUGGAACCGGUGGAUGCUGCAUUGCUUUCUUCUUAUGAAACCAAUUGAGAAGGUUUUGCAUCUACGAUACCAUGGAAGAAGUAAAUCCUGAUCUCUACCACUGAGCCAAAGAGUCAGAGAUUUGGAGAACCUUGAUUGUAUGCGAUCAUGUACUAAGUACAACACUGACAAUAACUCAUGACUGCAGUUGUUAAAAAUUUAUAUGCAUAUAUACUUAAAAGCUGUUAUUUUAAAAAUCUACAAAGCCCUGACCAGAUGUUAUGUACUUAAAUACAAAUGAGGUAACAUAUUUGAAGCAGUAAACGGUGACCAUUAGUUUGGUUACGUUAGCAUAGAAAUGAUUUUGAUGUUACAGGUAUUUUAUAAAAAAAUUGUAAAACAUGCAUACCCGUUAAAGAAACAGUAUCCUCCUUGAAUUUUGGCUGUUCAUAGUGGUUUCAUAAUUGACAUACAAAAUGGUGUUUUUGCACCAAAUAGUUGUCAGUGUCCCAUGCAGCAGAUCUCUCAGGAAUAUUGGGUGCUUAGUUUCUCUUUUAGUAUAAUGCUCUGGAGAACAUUUUUUUUUAAAUUGAAGAACUCUUAAAUUAUACAUCUACUGUGGCUUACUUAAUUAUGCAUAUGCACAUACUGUCAUGUCUAUCUGUGUGUGGAUAUGAAGAGGUGCCUGCAGAUUUUUAGAUGGAAUAGUUGACAUUUAUAGUUCCUCUUUUGGAUGAAGUACCUCUGCAAAGAUUGGCAUGCUGGUUUAGUUUCCUUGACAAAAAAUAAUACAGUUGUAUCCCUUGAUCAUUUAAGUGUUCAAUUACCCCAAAGCUUAUUUGCUGGGAGGUGACAAGAAAUAUAGGUCCAAUUUAUGAAGUAUUGAUUUUUUGCUAAUUUAAAGGAUACUGUUUCUGCAGUGCAGUGUGUUGUUUAGUAUUUUGUAUAGCUUUGUUCCAACAGUGACUUGAUGGUAUAUUAACAUUUUGGUCAUGGCUUUGUGUAUAGGAAAACUCUAGGUGCCAGUAUAAUGAACAAUUUGUGCAGAAAAUUAAAAUGUUUGUUUGCCAUCUUAAGAAUCACUUCAGUUCAAUUGUUUUUAGUACUGAAUUUAGGCUGAAAGAAAAUGUUGUAAUACAGUAAUAUCUCUGAUCAUGCUGAGUCUGUGGGUCGUUUUCCUAAAGGAAAUAGGUUCUGUGCAAAAUCCCUGGAGCAUAUAAUAUACCUUAAUGGAUGCCCAUUAAAAUUUUGAUAAAAUAACUGAAUUCUAAUUGGAUUUCAUAGCUGAAUGAAUCAUAGGUCUUACAAUUUUUGCAAUUCCCUAUAUUUAAAAAAAAAUCACACUUCAAAUUAUGCACUGAUAGAAUAUUGGUACUUCUAAUGGAUUGUUUACUUUGCUUAGCGAGUACCAAGUUAUGAUGCAGUUGUUGUUUUAUUGGUUUGGCAUGAGUUGCAAGAACAAGAAAACCAUGAGCUAGAAAGCUUUAGCGAAUGAAUCUUAAUCAAACUUCCAUUGAAUCUGCUAUUAUAAAACGGAAAAACAGUGGACUGUUUUAAGGGGCAACCUGUAUGAAAAUGUAUUUGCCAAGCAUAUUGAGGAAACACGUCCAAAUAAUGUAAUGUACGUUUUUUUUUAAGUAAUUUGUCACUAUCUUUUUAUGUUUGAGAUUAUUUUUCAUAGAGCUGCUUUAUGGAGAAAUGUCAAUUUGUGAAACGAUGAAAAGCUUUAUAAUUGGACCUGGAGUUUUCCCGUUUUUUAAAAAAAAAACACUAAUCUGUAACAGUGGCACAAAGUAGGAAUUUAAAGCUUUUUUGCACAGUUCUUUUCCAUUACAAAUGGAACUCAUGGCCUUGGGUCUUUUGAAAUGGUGUAUUUUAUGAGUAAGACUAGCAUGGUGCUCAAAAAUUGGUUCAGGAUAUAACUCUGAUAACUAAUGAUUACAGUGAGUACAUUUAAGAAUCAAGCAGUUCCAGUCGUGUGUAGAACUAACUAAUGGCUGAAUGGAUUUUCAAAACCUUUCAAUCCACAUUUUGCAUUCAAUACUUUGGAUUUUUGAGUACCACUAUGUGGCUUGCAGAAAUUCCAAACUAAUGGAAAUUGUGCCCAGAUGACUAGUGUGGGAAAAGUUGUUUCUUGAAAAUAUCUGGUUCUACCUUAAAUUGGUAAAGUUUGCAAAAUAGAGAAAUUUAAAAUUGUACACUUUCCCCUGUUGCGUGAGGGACAAAUAUUGCAAUAGCUGCCACUGAAUGGUUGAGAGCCAUUGGUCUUAAAUCGGUGAAAAGGAAGACCUGGAUUUGUGCAAUAUUUUAAUGGAGAAAACAUAAUAUUUACAGCUGUUUAUUUUCUGACCAUUCCACAAACUUUACUGUACACUCUUACAGUAAUGUUUAAAUUUCAAUUUUAUUAUUGUGCACAUUGCGCGGUGCAGGAAUAAUUGGGAGUAAUCACGAGUGUUGUGUGUGAAGCUAACAGUUUUUUAGUGUUUCAUUUUAUUUGUGACACACAUUGGUUCAGCUAUGGUGAGUUGAAUAGACUUUUAACAGUGGUGUGUUUCUAGGCACUUUCUGUUACCAGCAUAAACAAGGACUUCAUUUUGAUAUAAUUGUAAGCCCCUUAGUGCUCCAAGUCUGUAAUAAUUGGCUUGCCUCCUUGAAUAGUUCAGUGGCAGCAUAAUUUUAUUUUUUUUCCCCUUUAUAAAUAAUACUUUUAAGGAAAUUAAUUGUGCAGUUUACUAGUACGUUGAACGUCAAGAUACCAAACAGAUUAAGUGUUAUUUCCCCACCAUCCAAAACUCUUAUUGUUAGUAUUGCUGCCAUCUGAUUAAUAUCCACACCACAUUUCCCCAUCUUUUGAAGCCCAACCUGAGAUUUAAUUGUUCCCCUUAAUGGGAUUAAAGUGUUGAGCUAUCAUAUGUUCUACUGCCAUUUUCACGUUAGCCCUGUUCUGAUCACAAUAAUAAUAAGAUUUUCAGACUGGUGUCUAAUCCUUCACGUCUAAAAUGGCCCUAUAAAAGCAUCUGAUCACAACGUUGAUAAUUUCACUGACUAAAACACAUUUAUUUGUGUAAAAAAUGAAAAUAAAAGGAGUUAAAAACACACUUUAGUUUUGACAUAUUACUACCUUCAUUUAUAGUUAAUUUAACUCUGUCUAUGCUUUUAAAUAGCCUGGGGUGGACAAAUUAAACAACAUUUUGAUUUUUGAUUACUUUGGGGAAAUGGUCAGAGGUUAAAGGAUAACAUUUUUAGCUGUCGAUUGUGUUGCCUUUUUACUUUUUAAAACAAGCAGAUUAUGGCUUCCUACUACUGUAUAACUGUAUAGCCACUAAAUAUGCUUGCUCAAGACCUUUGUGAAUCUUGAUGGUGAAAAGUUUGCUGAAAAAGAAAACAUUUAUAUCAGUCAAAUUCUUAAAUUAGGUGAUAAAUUUCAAUAUUUCUAAAUGUGCAACAAAGUGAAUUUCCUGGCUAUACGGUAUUAAAUAUUUCUAUGCACAUUGUAGGUCAUUUUAUUGCUUUAUCUACUCAAAUUUGCCGAAAAGUAGAUGUAAUGUUCUUUACAAGUUGUAUAACCAAUGUUAAAUUUGCUCCAGUUUUAUUUAUUGGUAAUCAACUUGUCUUAAUAAAUAUUAUGCUUUUUCAUUA